AUGGCAGGUGUCCUUUGGUACCGGGGUGAAGAGUGGCGAGAAGUUUGGGACUACUGGUUCAAGUGGACCGACGAGCACCUCACAUCCGACAACCUUCGCCCAAUGAUAUAUACUUACGAUGAGCUGGGCGCCGAAGCAUUGGACCGACUAGAUGAAGUAUCACCUCCUGUGAAACGCUCGACCACCCAUAGUGAGAAGGUAGACACUCCUCAGGACGCGAAGCCACAUCGAGACCUGUAUGCUCUCUUGAGAGACAAUGCAGACGCAGACGAGGUUCUGGGAAAACUAUGGACUGAAAUCAACACGAUCCCGCCAUGGGUCGACUGGGCCCAAAUUGAACGCGGACAACAAGUCUUUCUCCGAUACGCAGCCCCAACCAUAUUCGCCGUAAUCCGCCUCCUCCACGCCGCCGUCCGCCGCCGCAUCCUCCUCCUCGCCAAGCAGAGACCCUCCUACUACGACGUGGCAGCCUACGGCGUCCCCGUGAACGACCUCGACUCCAUCGGCACAAUCACGACCUUCUCCUCCACCCUCCUCUGGAUCGGCCUGCCCCGCCAAGGCAUCUUCCUCAAGGACAGCGAGAAACAGGACUACCUCGCCCUCUGGCGCUACGUGGCCUACAUCAUGGGCACGCCCAACGACGCUUUUUCGAGCCUAAACAAGGCCAGGGCGAUGAUGGAGUCCUUGCUUGCCUCCGAGAUCCAACCCUCCGACACCUCGCGCGCCCUCGCCAACAACGUCCUCACGGGCCUCGCCGAGCAGCCGCCCUGGCACGUCUCGAGGGAGUUCCUCGCCGCCGAGACGUACUGGCUCAACGGCCCCAAGCUCGCGCGCGCGUUGGCGGUGGAGAAGCCGCCGUUUUAUUACUCGCUGCUUAUACUCGGCCAGUGUCUCUUCUUCAUGUUCAUGUGUUACUCCCGCCGUCUGUUUCCCCGUUGGGACGAGUCGAGGAAUGAGAACCUCAAAAAAGCCCUCUUCAACAUAACCAUCAACAAACCCGAGCUCGGCGCCCUAGGCAAAGAAACAAACUUCGAAUUCAAGUACAUCCCGACCCUAGACGUCCCGUCCACCGAGGCAGCGGCCCGGACCCAGCAGCACCCGGACCCGUCGACUCACGAGCCCGGCUCCACCCCCGCAGAUGCGAAGACGGGAGCACGAGCAGGAGCAAGCACACGCCGCGUGCGCAGCAACGAACGCCGGAGCCUCAUCACAUUAGGCGUGGUUGCCACCGUGGGCGGUCUGCUCGCCUGGCUGGGCAUCCGCGGGGCGUCGGCCCUGUUUGGGAGGGUUCUCUGA